UUCCGUCAACGUUUGGAAGUCAGUCAAACGAUGACAGAGGACCAGUACAGUGCUGCCGCCUUUGCUUAUGAUGCUACCAUGGCUGUAAUAACGGCCCUCAAUACCAGCCUGGCGGAGACGUCCAGGAGCCAGGACUUCCGGGAAGUGUCCAGGGUCUUUGACGCCAGUAUGUGGAACAUACGAAUGUCCGGGAAAACGGGAUACCUAAAGUUUUCAAAAACCGGACUCCGAACUGUGAACGUCAGCAUAUCGUGGUUUGAGGAUAUGGUGCUGACAUCUAUCGGUAAAUACGAGUCGGAAGUCGUGCUUACGACUAACAUCUCUAAAGUCAUGGGACAGGACGAGGUUGUCUUGGAAACCAAACUUGAUGGUGUCCCCCUCUAUCUUUUGGUUAUCAUGAGUGCCUUCGCAGUUUUGGGAAUGGCGUAUGCAUUUGCUCUACUGAUGUACAACGUCAACAAAAAUAAAGACAGAAUCAUUAAGAUGACCAGUCCCAACAUAAACGUAAUAGUCUGUGUAGGCGCUGUGUUUGCAUACAGCUGUGCCAUUCUUGGGGGACUGGACAAUGGCUACUUUGCUCUUGACAUCCUUGGUCAGGUUUAUCAGGCAACCGUGACGUUGACGGCGCUGUCGUUUACCAUUGUGUACGGGUCCAUCUUUGCCAAAACAUGGAGGGUCUAUCUCAUCUUCAAAAACAUGCAGGUCAACGGAAAAACGACUAAGGAUGAGCACCUUUUGCUUGCCUUGGGCGCACUUUUGGCCAUCGACCUGGUCAUCUUAUUGCCAUGGAUACUAGUGGACCCAAUCAGCUGCCAGCAGAUGUCACAGGUCAAAGUAUAUCAGAAUCUCAGUAACACUGACAUCAUGCACUCAAUCAAUGAAUGCACGUCAGAUUACUUCGCAAUGUGGAUACUUCUACUCUUUGGAUACAAGAUGUUGCUACUGAUUGGAGGGCUCUACUGCGCAUGGCAAACGCGUCACGUGACAUUGCCCUCACUGAAAGACAGCCAGUAUUUAUACGUCAUAAUUUACAGCGCCUUUGCCGUUGGCGUUCUUAUUCUUCCCAUAAUGCUGUCAACACAGAUGUCGGCGCCAAUAAAAUACGCCGCAGGAGCCACGGCCCUCAUUGUCCUCACGACUGCCACGCUCACCAUUGCCUUCAUUCCAAAGGUGUUGUUGGUGAGAAAACACGACAAGAAGAGAAAGAAAGGCGCAGAACCGAAGUUCAAUUUCAGCGAAUCUGUACAGAAAACUAAAGAGAAAACUAAAGAUGGCUUCUGUGGAUGCUUCGGUGGCCAAAAAUCCAAAGAUAAUCCAUAUGUUAAAGAAGUUGUCGCCACGGAAAUUGAUACUCUGAAACGAAUGCUUAAAGAGAAGGACAGAUCUAUCAGGGAGCUCACAGAUCGUCUAUUCUACGGUUCUGAGAAGUUCCAGAACUAUUUACGGAACCCAAAGCGCCCGUCUGAAGAGCAGGUGAUGUCUCGGCGCGUCCGUCUGAGGACCAGGUCUCAGGAAUACCUCGGCAAAUCUCGGGACGAUAUAUACCGAGUGAAGUCACAGGAAAGUAUCAUUAUGUCUCGCGAGGAUUUACGAGAUAUAGCAGAUGGUCGAAUAUCAGUGAUCACGACAGUUAAGGAGGAACAGGAACCGGAAACACAGCCCAACUCCCCACGUGAGGGGUAUGACACUGAGGGGUCAAGUGGGGGUCAGGAGGUCUCAAACACCACCCAAAAUGUGACAAGUCCCAAUAUAAGUGGACGAAGCGUCAUUGACUCCAUGAAAGUUAACACAAGUUUUAACGAUACAACGAGGGCGGAACUGUCCUCUGAUCUGUCUCCUGGUUCAGAGAGCAUGGUGAGCGAAGGAAGGGAGAGGUUAUUGGAAGAUAGCACCAGAAAACUUUUACCAAAAGAAAGGCGGUCGCUAUCGCCCUCUAAAUCUCCGAACACCGACAGUGCCAUCGAACGAGGUUCUAGCCUAGAAACGUCUGAAGAAUCGUUCUCAGAGGGCAGGAUUCCGUCCGACAUUCAGGUCUCGUCUCCGGACUUGCGGGAUUCUUCGCGAGAAUCUUCAUUACUCCAGACGAGCGAUAGAGAAAGACUUGUGGUCCGUAACAAGCCGACCGCAGUGCGUAACGGACAUAUUCCUGGCAUGCAGCCGCCCCCUGUGAAACAAAAAGUUAAAAUUCAACCGCAGCCUCUUGAUUCUCGGGCUUUGAAAAAUCCGCAACAGAUCAAUACUGUAGUACCCGGGAUUGCAAGGGCGGCGUCCCCAGUGAAACGCGGAGUUUCAAAAUCUCCCGUUUUUAAUGGACAGCAGAUAAAUCUUUCUGUACCCAAAAAAGUGGGCUUUGAGAACCCGGUGUUCCAUAACAACGACGUUGUUUAUACGGACACAGAAGCCUCGGAGAUCGGGUUUAAGAUAGACCGGAGAAAAUUGAACGAUUCUUACAGACAGGCUUGUAGGCCUGCUUUAGAACCGGGUGAUCUGGGAACUCUACCUCGAGAAGAAAGCAAAAAGCUUUCCGAAGCUCUUUCACAAAAGGCUGCCUCACAAAACAAUGAGUACAUUCACAGCAACGGGACUGUUUUGAAUGGUAAGAAGUCGCCUGUUAGGGAUGUUGCUCAAACAUUAAGUCUAACGAAGACACCACCCAAGGACUUACGAAUUAACUCCCCUUCAGAUGACUCAAACUUAGAACAAUCUCCAUUUUCGGUAUUUACCGUACAGAGAAGUCACAUGGAUUUCCCCUCCGCCCCUCCCCCAUCUCCCUUAGAGAGUAUCAGCUAUGCGCCUGUAAUACUCCCUUAUCACAAGCACGGCAAGUUGAACCAUCACCACCUGCAGGAUUCCCGACAGUCGGCGUUCACGUUUGUCCACAAUCAAGACAAGCUGUAUCCGGGGUAUCGUCCCACUAUCGGUCAGAGAUACAGUACUGUGAUAGAGGAGCAGAACGGACUGGACAGUGAGGAGGGGUGGCCAGAGGAAGAGGUCAACAAAAAUGUAGCAGUGAGCAGCGUUUAG